AUGGCAAAGGUUUCCGGAUAUUGCGACGGAAAGUUCAAUUCGGUCCGCCAGCUGCUAGAGGCUACUUUGGCUACUGGUGAUGAUUUGGGCGCAUCACUUUGCGUGAAGUACCAUGGGGAGACUGUCCUCGACCUUUGGGGUGGUUAUGCCGAUGAAGAAAAGUCGACGGAGUGGACUCGCGACACUCUUGCACCCGUGUGGUCCAGUUCAAAGCUUGUCACCAACCUUGCUGCGCUUAUGCUAGUGGACCGAGGCUUGCUCGACUUGGAUGCAAAUGUCUCAUUGUACUGGCCAGAGUUUGCUGCCAACGGCAAGGGCAGCAUCAAGGUGCGCCACAUAUUAAGCCAUACCGCAGGGCUUUCCGGCUGGGACAGUCCUACCACGAUGUCAGAUCUCUAUGACCAUGACAAGUCAACGGCAAGGCUGGCAGAGCAAAAGCCCUGGUGGGAGCCCGGCACAGCUUCUGGAUACCACGCUAUAUCGCAAGGUCAUGUUGUGACCGAGCUUGUUCGCAGAGUCACCGGCACAACCUUGAAAGAGUUUAUCAACAAUGAGAUUGCUGGUCCUCUAGGUGCCGACUUUCAGCUUGGUGCCCUUGAGAAGGAUUGGCCGCGCAUUUCAAAAAUAGUCCCACCGCCGGCACUUCCAUUUUCGGCCCCGGAUGACGGCAGUGUAGCUAGCAGGACUUUGAAAUCGUCUCCUAUUCAAGCGACAGACUCUUACACAGAGGGGUUCCGAAACGCAGAGCUGGGUGCUUCAAAUGGCUUUGGAAACGCCCGCUCGCUAAAUACCAUUCUCUCCCUCAUACUUACCAACGGAGAGGUGAAUGGCAAACGGUACUUGUCGCCAGCAACCAUUGACCGUAUCUUUGAGGAACAAUCAAUGGGCGUCGAUCUAGUUGUUGGGAUUCCCCUCCGCAACGGAAUUGGCUAUGGUCUUGCUUGGUCUGAAACUGCGCGUUGGAUUCCCGAUGGAAAGGUUUGCUUCUGGGGAGGAUGGGGAGGAUCAAUCACGAUCGUGGAUUUAACUCGCGGCCUGACCAUUUCAUACGUGAUGAAUAAGAUGGGAACAUGUGUGAUUGGAACGGACCGUACUGAGGCCUACGUCAAAGCAAUCUACUCGGCGGUCGCCCAAGAUUGCUCCUGA